AUGGACUCAACGUGUCCAUCACGAAACCCAAUACAUGGGGAUCUGUCCGCGCUUUCAUCGAGGCAGGACUUAGGGCUACUGAGGCCUUGGAGACUUUGGGAAAGGUCAAGGUCAGCUGGCUGGUUCGCCGAAUCUGCCGUUGGGAGCGACUCGAUCGGUGCUACCGCUGCCAUGGACUGGGCCACUUGGCCGGCUCGUGCAGGGCAGGGGAGGACCGGAGCGGUUGCUGCUGGCGGUGUGGUGAGGUGGAUCACAAGUCGAAGACCUGUACUAAGCCUCCGCGCUGCCAUCUCUAUGAAGCGGUGGGAAGCGGGCGAGCCUUUGAUCACGUGGCGGGUUCUGGACGGUGCACGACCAAUCGGGAGGUACUCCAAAAGGAAAAUGGCUAAGGUGCUACAAAUAAAUCUACACCGGUGCAAACUGGCCCUUGAUCUGCUGUACGCUAGAAAUCGUGACAACGGAAUGGAUAUUGUUUUGGUAUCAGAGCAAUACCAUUCUGUGUCUGGGCCAAAUUGGUACUGUGACCCUACGGGCACAGCGGCAAUUUGGAUUCCGGAUCAAAGUCGCCUUUCUGUGCCUGAUAGUGGAGCGAGGGACGGCAUUGUGUGGGUUGAGACACCAGCAGUUACCGUCGUGUCUGUGAGGGGUAACCCACCUACUGUACCGGAGCGAGAAAUGAAGCAAACAGGAUGGAAAGUGUCACUCCUGGAUGAGAGCGCAUUCCAAAAUGCGGUCUCAGAUAGAAUUGACACGCUUACUGACUCAUUUGCAGAGUCGCGCGAAAAUGUUGAGUCACUUGUCGGUCGAACGAUGGAUCGGAAAUUGCGCUGCUCAGGGCUGAGUGUUUGCGUCUACGGAGGCAAGCACUUAGAUCGCGAAAGCGAGAUACUGGGCAGCAAAAGAACAACGAGCCUUGCGGCUACACCUCCCCGCAUGGGCCCCGCUGGGCAACUGGUCGGAUUGUCAUUAUAUUACCGGCCAGGCCAACGUAGUCGUUGA